AAAACCGAUGCUAUCAUGGCCGAUAGCCAAGAUCCAGGCAGGCAUAAGGAUCCAACCAUAGAUGCCGGCGCUAGUAGAAGCGCAGAGGGAGAUGGAGCUGAUAUGGGCAAGGACGUGCCCCCAAUACCAGCUGUUCGACGUCGCCAUGCGCAUGAGCAGAAAACCAUGGAGAAUGUCGAACAGGAAACCAAACAGCUGGAGACGUCCACUGUGACGCGCACGUACAUGAAGACCAUUACCACGUCAUUGACCACCUCCAGCAGCAGCAUAAACAGCAAUCUCGAGCACUCGGAGACGCCACCGCAUCGCUUGCGCGAGAAGGUGGCCCAAUAUGAGAAGGUCUGGUCCGAUGGCAGUGGCAAACGCCCCGCCGAACUGGGCACGGACGAGCUGCGUCAGCAGCAGACGGACGACUUUGAUGCAGAGAAUCCAUUUGAUAUCGAUGUUCAUGAAAUUGAGCGACGUUUGCGCGAGGAGCGACAACGCGGCCUGGCCGAAGCGGAGGCAGCUAAGCUGGCCUUUCAGCAGGUACACCUGCGCCAGACGACACCGCGUCGCGUCGAGGUGACCAGCGAGCAGACGCCCAGCCCAUUCAAUGUCACCUUGAAGACCACCAGCCGGCUGAGUCCGGGCGCUGAGCUGGGCAAUGUUGAGGAGCAGCUGUCGCCUUUCAAUGUCACCCUACGCACCACACGACGCACUGUGAAAAAGGAUUUAUCCCGUCAAAUGGAGCUGGAGCGUUUUCUGGACGGCGAGCGUACGGUGCGCGAGGUGCAGGCGGCGGAUGGCGUCCGCACCAUUAUCACCUCCUCGAGGACCAGCGAUGGUGGCUAUACCGACGAGAAGAUCUAUCGCCAUGGCGAGGGCUAUGUAUCGCCGCGCGAUUCGCCCUCCUGGUCGCGUUCCAGCAUCUCCAGCGAACGUUCGAGCGUCACCUCACCGCACAGCGUGGACAUGACCGCGGGCGGCAGACGUAUAUUAAUCAAACUGGAGGAUGAGCUGGAGCCACAAUCAAGUGGAGCAGCCGGCUGUGAGCAUGGCGAGCAACCCGAUGAAACUGACGGCUCGGUGCGCGCACGCAUCAGACAAUUUGGUGGGCACGACGAGGAUGCCAUGGCAACCGGUAACAUUGACAUUACCGUGGGUAGCAACCCACGCAGGCGGCAGCGUUUGUACCAGCAAACAACAUUGCCGGUGGGUGGCAACGGGACGCCACAACAACAGCAGCAGGAGCAGGAGCGGGAGCAACAGCAACGGGCAACGCGUCCAAGCGAACUGUCAUGGCAAACGGGCAAAUCAACAACAAAAACAAUGCUAACAUCCACGCCGACUGGCACGAAGGAGCAACCGCAAAUGGCAACGCCGGACGAGGUAUUCAGUCCAGCUGCAACGUGCCAAUUGCGCGGUUCUUCGACGGAAGAAUCCCGUCAAAUUGUUAGCCACAAAACGAUAACCAGCACAAAAACAACAACAACAACCCAGUCGUCCGAUAGGUCCGAAAGGAAGUCCUCAACGUCGCGUAAAUCAAUCGGUUUGAAUUCCCCAAGCCCCUCGGGCGAUAUCUCGUUUACCGCCUCGCAAAUACGCAUCAGAGACGACGUCAACGCUGACGCCGACGUCGACGCGGACGUCAUCGAUAACGAUUCCGAUACCGAGGGCGUACCGGCCAGCAGUCUUGUGAUUGUGUCCACUCCGACGCGCUCCACAACACCCUCAUCGGCGCACGCCUUGAGCGGCAUUGGUACUUUCAGCAAGAGUCUGCGUCAGGAUUAUCAGACUCAAGCGACACAAAGUAACCGCAACCACAACGAAUCCGAACACGAAUACCAGGAGUUCCAAUCCACCAUGGCGUCGAUCAAUUUCGCACGCAGCAAUUCCCAGUACGACAGUCACAUCAAGGAGAAACGAGAGGAGCAAGAACGUGUGCAGAAGAAGACAUUCACUAAUUGGAUUAAUUCAUACCUAUUGAAGCGAGUUCCACCGCUUCGUAUUGAUGAUUUAAUCAAUGAUUUACGUGAUGGUACGAAACUCAUUGCACUGCUCGAAGUUUUGUCCGGCGAACGAUUGCCCGUGGAGAAGGGACGCGUCUUGAGACGUCCACAUUUCCUUAGCAAUGCGAAUACGGCCCUACAAUUUUUAGCCAGCAAACGCAUCAAAUUGGUCAAUAUUAAUCCCGCAGAUCUGGUGGAUGGGAGACCACCAGUUGUGUUGGGUCUGAUAUGGACGAUCAUAUUGUACUUCCAGAUCGAGGAGAAUAGCCGCAACCUAGAAUAUUUGGGUCAUGGUAUUGGCGGUUCGGUUAGCUCCCUCGACAGUGUUGGCAAUCACAAGGCUGGCGGUGAUCUUAGGGCUGAGAAAUGGAAGCAAGGCGCCAAGAAAACGCUACUCAACUGGGUAACAAAUGCCUUGCCAAAAGACAUUGGUGUGGAGGUUAAGGAUUUCGGCGCCAGCUGGAGAGAUGGUGUCGCCUUCCUCGCACUUAUCGAUGCAAUCAAAGCGAAUCUGGUUAAUUUAGCCGAGCUAAAAAAGACCAGCAAUCGUCAGCGUUUGGAGACAGCUUUCGAUGUGGCCGAAAGCAAAUUGGGCAUUGCCAAACUAUUGGACGCUGAGGAUGUGGACGUACCCAAGCCGGAUGAGAAGAGCAUAAUGACAUAUGUGGCGCAAUUCUUGCACAAGUAUCCUGAACCAAAGGGUGCAUCCCGCGACGAGUCGCAUGUGCAACAAGAAGUGGAUGAAUUGCGUCGUUUCCUUUUGGAAAAGACCACCGAAUACGAACCGAUGGUAAUGAUGAGUUCGUUCCCACGUGAUUUUGGUGAAUAUCUGCUGGCACGUUCUGAAGUCGAUGCACAUUUGCCUGCUUACAACCGCCUCAAGCAAUUGAUUGAGAGCCAGAGCGGUUUUCUGCAGGUCUCACGCCAGGCGUGGGAUCAGAUCAAUGAGCUGUGGCAGCGUCUACAAUACCAGAUGAUGUACUGGCUCUGGCUAUUGGACGCCGAGCUGCCUGGCGAUUUCGGCACUGUGGGCAAAUGGCUCGCCGAUGCCGAGAAAUUGCUCAUGGACAACGAUAUACCCAAUGCGAUGAAUGAGGAGACAGCCGCUGUGAUCAGUAGAAAGCUGGAGGAGCAUAAGCUGUUCUUUGCCGAUUUGCCGCGCAUUGUGGCCAUGUUUGACAACGCCAAGCGCUCGCCCCAGGCCCAUCAGGUGCCAUUGGAGCAGCUGCGCAACAUGGAACGACGUCUGCAGGAGGUUGGACCCAAGGCCGCCGAGCGUAGAAUCCGCUUGAAAUUCCUUGAGCACAAAUGCUGCCUGAUUGCCUUCCUCAAUCUGGUGGAGAACAAAAUGCGUGGCUGGACCGGCAAGUACGGUCACGAGGAGAAGGUAGCCCAACAGCUGGAGCAGUAUAAGAACUUCGUGUCGCGCAACAAGAUCUUCCAAGAGUUCCAAAAGGCAUUCGUUGACAUGCAACAGGUGGUCGAGGAGUAUAAGCGUGAGGGCAAUGUUGCCCGCAAGGACAUCAACGAAAUUGAUCGCUUCAUGUACGACACCGAGGAGCGCUGGAAGCGUGUCUCGAUGGAGCUGAAAUGCUGCCAAAAUUCUCUCGAGGAGGUGGUGAAUUGUUGGCGCAACUGGAAUCAAUUGGCGCCCAGCUGCGAGGAAUGGCUGCUGUUGGCCGAGCAGAAACUGAACCAAAGCGAAGACGAUCGCUUAGAGUUCUUCCAGGACAUCACCGUGUGGAAGGAUAAAUUCGAUGGCCUGGCCAAUGCCGCUAACUAUUUAAUUGCAUCCUGUGAGGAGCCCAUCGCUCAGCAGCUGCGUCAGCGUCAUGGCGCCCUAGCCGAGCGCUUCGAGCGCCUCUUCGCCAAUACCAAGCAAUAUAUGCACGCUGGCGAUAUUAUACGGUCGCGCCAGGAGUACAAGUCUGGCAUUGAGAAGCUGUCCAGGUGGCUGCGUGGCGCGGAGAGCGUGCUAGAUCAGCGCCAAGUGCUGGGCAACAGCGAGCAAAUACGUCGCUAUGGCGAGCAAUUGCAGCAGCUUGCCAGCGAGAUCGAUGACAACGAGGAGCUAUUCAAGACCAUCAGUCGCACCUUCCAGUCGCUCAUACAGGAUCUGUCGCGCGACGAGGUCGACAAAAUGAUGAAGCUGCUGAAGCAGGAGAAGGAGUCGCUGGUGCGCAUACGCGCCCAAAUGCCCGCCAAGCUGCAUCUGUUCCAUCAGCUGCAAAUUCAACAGGAAUCACUCGAGGCGGGCCAAAAGGAAAUUCAUCAAUGGCUGACCGAAGCCGAGCAGCUGCUGGGCACCCACAAUCUGGCCGGCGGACGUGAAUCAAUCAAUGAGCAACUGCACAAGCAUAAGACCUACUUUUCGCGCACCGUCUAUUAUCGCUCCAUGCUGGAGAGCAAGAACAAGGUGUUCCAGAAUUUGGUUAAAGCUGUGGCGGCCGAUGAUAAGAUCGAUACGGCUCCAGCGGCACAACAGAUGCAGCAGCUGAACGAACGCUUCAAUUAUGUCAUACAGAAUGCAGGCAAAUGGGAGCAGCGUUUGGGCGAUGCAGCUGGUGGUUGGAGUAAUUUUAAGGAUAAUGAACGCGUCGUUAACGAGUGGCUCACACGGGCCGAGUCCAUGCUCGUUGAGAAGCACAUUGAGUCAAAGACAACAAUUGAGACCCAAAAGUACUUCUUCGAGCAGGUCAACGAUCGCUGGAUGAACGAUCUGGUGCAAUCGGCACAGCAGCUGCUGACAACGCUGCCCAGCCAGGAGCAACCGGCUGUGGUGCAAAGUGUGGAGCAGCUGCAGUCUCGCUGGAAGAAUGUGCUGGGCCAAGCGCCAUUGCAUCUGCUCAAGCUGGAGUUCCGUCUGGACGAGAAUGCCUUCUAUCAAUCGUUGAAGGAUGUUGAGAAGGAGCUGCAACUGGAACAGCAGGCUCUCAAUCGCAAUGAAGACGUGGACUCCAUUCUGCAACGUAAUCAGCAAUUCCUGCUGCAACAGGACGCGGUGCCACGUUUGGAGAAGUGCUUGCAGAACAUGCAGCGUCUGGCCCAAGCGCACAGACAACAGCAGCCCGGUGAUAUUAGCCUGGAUCAAGCCUAUGAUAAUGCCAACGCUCAGUGGCAGAUAAUGUCCAGCAGAUUGGCCGAUAUGCGUCAGACGUUGCAGCAAAUACCUGCCCAAUGGCAGGGCUAUCAUCUGAAAUUCACUGAGAUGAUCAACUGGAUGAACAGCGUAGAUCAGAGCCUUAAGAACAUUGUUAACGAGGUCAACAGCAUGGAGGAGUUCGAAAAGGAGAAGGUUGUUUUCCAGAAAAUCUGCCAGGAUGCAGAUAACAAACGUGAGGACAUGAAGUGGCUGGUCAAAACGCUGGAUUCUCUGCUCAGCUAUGCCACCGAGGAUGAGGCUAAUCUGGAGCAAAAGAAACUUGAAGAUCUAAUUGCACGCUACAAGAACCUAAUCCCCACCAUUGAGAUAACUAUGGUCAAAACGGAGGUGUUCUCCAAGUGUUACACAUAUCGUCGCGAGGUGCACGAGGUUGUUUGCCUGUUGACCAAGGUCAAGGAUCAGACGGCCAAUAUCCCGGCGCCCGAAAGUUUGGAUCGCGUAAAUCGCCUAAUUGAGGAGCAACAGUAUGCCAUCAAUCAGCUCGAUCAUCAGCGGCCACAUAUUAUGUCCAUGCUCCAACGUGGACGCGAUCUUAGCAAGGAUGUGCAUGCACCGGCUUUCGUCAAUGCUGAAGUCAAGAAUCUGGAAACCGGCUGGAAUCAGGCUUAUACCGAGACCUCCGAUAAGCUUCAAGCACUCAAGGGCACACAGGCAGUGUGGAGCGAGUUUGUCGAUCAGAAGAACGACAUCUUCUCCAUGCUGCAAACAGCUGAGACAGAGCUGCGCGCCCUGACACCACUCCAGACAGAUCCCAAGAAUGUUAGUCAAGAUCUGAAGUCGAAGCGCGAUCUGAAUGUGCAGCUGCAGCAGGCAUCCCAUCAAUUGCUGCCCAAGCUGCAUGCCCUCAAGUCGGAGCUGGCACCACUUGCGGCCGCCGAUAAGCGACCCAUACUCGAGAAGGAAGUGACUGAGGUAGAGAAGAUGUUCUUUAAUACCAUGGAACAUGUCAAGGAUCGUGUGGGCUACCUGGAGGACUACAGUGCCAAGUGGAACAACUACAAGACGCGCCUAGGCGAGCUGCAGGAAUGGGCCAACAAAGUGGCACCCAAGAAUAUUGAAGCGCUACAAUCUGAGGAUUUGACACCGGAGGAGCGUGUUGUCAAGGUGCAGUCCUUUAAGCGUGUGCUGGGCGAGCGCAUGAAGCAGCUGGAUCUAUUGGCCGCUGAUGCAUCUGAGCUGGCCCCCAAGGAGGGCAACGUUGCCGAAGCGAAGCGUCUCAAGGGUGAAAUCUCCAAAUUGCAGGAGGUGCUCAGCGCCAUUAACCGCAAUGUGGACCAUCAGUCGCAGGCCGUGCAGGAGGAUCUGGUCAACUGGCAGCAAUUCCAGGCCGGAUUACAGCAAAUCAAGCCCGCCGUGGAGCAAAGCGAAGUCAAGGUAAAUAAUAUAGUUCCUAAACCAAUUACACUUGAAGAAGCCGUUGCCAUGCAACAAAAUGCCAAACAAUUUGAAACACAAUGCCUGGAGCAAUUGGACAAACUCCAUGGCAUAUCAAACAUCAGUCAUAAAAUGUUAUGCAAAACCAAUGCCCCCGAUGAGUUAGAUGCCAUGCACUCCCGCUGGACCGCGGUCCAUGAAAAUGCCAAACAGGCGAGCGGUAAGCUCGAAAAGCUAGUUGCCAAUUGGAAAUCGUUCGAUGGCGAUGCGGCCAAGCUGGAGGAUUGGAUUGAUCAGGGUGCACAGCAGAUGGGUAAGCGUCCGGCUGUGCUAAAUACACCGCACAUUGACAAGCUCGAAAAAGAGCUGGUCAAACUAAAGUCCUUCAACAAUGAGAUAUCUCAGCAGCAGGCCAAAUUGGUUGCCCUUGGCCAGAAUGCCGAUCAAAUCAGCUUGCAUUUGGCGCCAGAGGGCGCUGUGGCUGUCAAGGAUCGCGUGAACCUCAUGAAGGGUAAAUUACAAAAGCUUUCAGAGGCCACACGUGGCAACAUCAACGAGGUUUCCGAUGCCAUUAUAUCGCGUCAGGACUUCAAUGCCAAAUUGGUCAACUUCUCCAACUGGAUGGAACAGUUGCGCAAUCAGGUCACACAGGUUGAGGAAAUCAAUCCGGAACGUGUGGAGACUAGCUUGCAUGUCAUACACGCCUUGCUGCAGGAGCAUGCCGAUAAGAAGCCCAGCUUUAAUGCCAUCUACGAUGAGGUCAAGCAGCUGGCCCUGGGCGCCACACCCGAAGAGUCCAAUGCACUAAAUGAUGCGUACACUGCCCUUGUGGUUAACUAUCAGAAUUUGGAGUCAAAUAUGCUGCAGAAGAAGGCUGCAUUGGAGAAAUGGACCGAGCUUUUGGGCUGGAAGCAUGAUACUGAAUCGCACUUGAACUAUUUGAAGCAUCAGUUGGAAAAGCCCGAGGGACCAGCUGUCGAGGAGCUGAAGAAGGCCAUCGAUGAAAUUGAUCAUCUGGGCCAGGGUCUGAGCUACUGGAAGGGUCAGGCCAAGGAAAUCGAUGAGAAUCCGGCUAUACAAUUGCGUGAUGCACUCUCUCGCCGUCCGCUGAUAGCCACACAGAUUGUCAACGAUGUGGAAAACAAGUUGGAAAACCUGAAACUUCGCUCGCAAAAUCAGCAGCAACAACUGCAGCAGAUGACUGUCCGUAAGGACAAGUUCCAUGCACUGGAGCAUAACUUUGGUCAGGCGCUGCAGGAGAAUCGCGCUAAGCUUGAGCAGAUCCUUAAGCAACAUCCCAAUCUGAACAACAUUGAUCAAAUCAUUGCUGAUCUUGUAGCGUUAAAUGAUGCGCUCAAGUACCAGGCGGAUCUUAAAAAUCGCAUACACGACGAGGGCUCUCUACUGAUGCGUGAGGAUAUUGCAAGCAUGCCGGCCAUACAGGAGAGUCUACUGGUGCUGGAUAAGAACUACGAUUCGCUACAAAAUGAAAUAUCCGAUCGUAUACAAAAAUAUAAUCUCAUCAGUCAGGCCUUGAGGGAGUACGCCGAGUCCAAGGACAAGUUCUCCAAGGAGCUGAAGAAAGCCGAAGAUUUGUUCAAUGCCAUACCCCAACAGCCGGGCGAUGAGACCGCACUGCAUCAGGCCUCCGAGAAGACGCGCAAGACUAUGGAACAGUUGCGCAAGUCCAAGAUGAAUCUCGAUGAGCUCGAACGUCGCGGCAACAAUGUCGCCAAAUUGUUCACAGCCAUUGGUGAGCCGGUGCCUCAAGAGGUGCCCCAAGAAGUUGCCGUUGCCAAGCAACACUGGCAGGAUCUGCACGACAAGACGGCUAAAAAUGCGCAUGUCUACGAGACGGAAGCGGUUAUUUGGUCGCAAAUCGAAGAUGCCAAAAAGGAUCUGCUACCUUGGCUGUCUGAAACCAAUCAGGGCCUCUGCGAUGCUGCGGAUAAUUCAAUUGAAAUCGAAUUCGGACCCAUGCGUCUCAGCAAAUACCGCAACGAACUGCCUUCUUACCAGGCGCUCAGGGAUACAAUUCUCGAGAAAACCAACGACCUUGUCAAGAUAAACAAUGGUGCCGAAAUACCCUCUUUGAGCACACUCAACCAGCUGCUCGGCGAACAAUUUGCCGAGGUAAGCAACAAUGCGGAGCGUCUAAGCGCUGUCACCACGUCCUUUGCUGACCAGGAGCAGGAGCUACGCAAACGCACCAAAAUUGCUGGCGAGCAGGUGAGUAAGCUGCGCGAACAGCUGAUCAAAUGCGAUGACAUGUCCGGGGACAACAACAAGAUCAUGGAGCGCUUGCUGCAGUGUCGUGCACUGCGCGCUCAAUUGGAUCAGAGCGGCAACGAAAUUGAGAAUAUCAAGCAGAAUGUGGACGAAUUGCGUAAUUUAUAUCCCACAUUCAAUGAGUCCAUCAUACCCAAGGAGCUGAACAAUGUGCAGAAACGCUACGAGGGCGUCGAUCUGUAUGCCAAGAAGAUCGAGAGCUCACUGCUGCAGUUCCUCAAAAAGUUCCAUGCCGAUAAGGUGGGCAUGCUGAAGCGCAUCAUUGUCACACAGCGCGAGAAGGUGGCCUGGUGUCAGCCGGAGUCCACAAGCGACAAGUAUAACCUGGAUGUGAAGAAAUCGUCGCUACAGGAGGUCAGCAAGAGCAUUGAUGACUGCAAAGCGCGUCAUGCAGAAACGCUGAAAUCCUUGGAAAUGCUUAAGGCCGUUGAAUCGCCACAGAACCUGGCCGAGCUCAAUAGCGAUGCCGAGCUUAUGGGCAAGGAAAUGCAGGCGUUACAGGACAGCUUUGAUCGCAUCAAGGGCAUACUGGAUGAGAAUGUUGAUCUCUGGUCACAGUACGAACAGUCAAAUGAGCAAAUAUCUAACUGGUUGCGCGAUGUGGAAGGUCGCGUUAAAGCGGAGACAAGCGGUCAGGUUAAUUUGCCCGAGGUGCCACAGAAACUACAAGAGUUGGCCAUACUGCAGCAGGAUGUGCUGGCACAUGAACCCAUCAUCAGCGACCUGGAGCAGACCUCACAGCAAUUGAUUGAAAAGAAUCCCGAGGCGCGUAUUGGACAAUUUGUUACGCAUUUGGUGCAGCGUUACCAGACGGUUGCCAAGAGCCUUGCCGGACACAUUGAUAAAAUACGCAGCGCUCAGCUAUCAAAUGCGAACUUUGCCAAAGCAUCUAUAGACUUUAAUGAAUGGUUUGGCGAUGCAAAGAUUGAAUUCCAGGAACUGGCCCGUAUGGGAUCCCCUGGCUCUUCGUCGGCCACCGCACAGCAAUUGCAGACCAUUAAAAACUAUCUGAAGACCUUUGACAAUGGUCAACUCUUGCUGAACAAUGCUGUGGACAUUGGUGAGGGGCUUUAUCCAGUGGUUUCCCCUGAGAAUCGCGAACGGAUACGCGCCGAUCUACGCCAAAUGCGCGAGAAAUAUGAUUAUCUGCGCGAUGAGGCCAAUGCUCUGAUGCAACAGGUUGAGGGCGUACUCAUACAAAAGACUUCCAUUGAGGAGAGCUACACUCAAGUGUCGCACUACCUCAACGAGUCUAAGGCCAAGGUCACUGCUGGUGAUGAGCUCUAUCCCACGUUGGCGGCCAAGAAAGCAGCUCUACAAAACUAUAAAACACAGCUGCAGGAGAUCACAUUGCAUAAGAAUGCUCUAAAGCAACUGCACGACAAGGCAGUCACCCUGUGCGAUGAUGAGUCCGAGCGUAAAACAGAUGAGUCCAUACAGGAGUACAAUACGCUAUCCAAAAAGAUUUCCGAUCGCAUCAAUACCGUAGGCAAUCAGGUGGUCAAACACGAGGCUUAUGAUCAGGUGCUGGAGAAGGCACAAGAUUGGUUGAACACCAUCAAAUCGGAGGCAAUUGAUAUUUUGAACGAAACCACUUUCGAAAAGGAGGGCGCCGAGGAGAAACUGAUUGUUGUGGAGAAUUUGUUGCAGCAUAAGCCCGAGGGUGAUUCCAUAUUUGAUACGUGCCACAAGCUUUUGGAAACGGUUCUAACACAAACCCAUACUAGCGGUCAUCCGGCGUUGCUCAAGGGCUUUGAGGAGCCGAAAAAUGCAUGGGAGGAGUUCAUGUCGCUCUGCCAGGACUCACAAGUGAAACUGAAGCAGCUCUGCUCCAAGUGGGAUGAGUUUGACUCAAUCAUCGAUGAGCUUGACAAUUGGAUGAAGAACGUCGAGGCUGUGGUAAAGAACCAGAACUUAAAGAGCACCGCCGAAGCAAAGGCUGCUCAUCUGAAGCAGCUUCAAGAUAAUGCCAAGGAUAUUGAGCGUCGCGGCGCGGCCAUAAACGAGCUCAUGGAUCAGGGUCGUGAAAUCGAAGGUGAAACCGAUUUAAAUCUGAAACUCUCGCGUUUGAAUACACGCUAUCAGACACUGAAGAAUAUUUGCAAGGAGUCCAUCGCCAAGUAUGUCAACUAUGUCAAGGAUCACGACAGCUUUGACACGGACUAUGAAAAGUUUAAGCAAAAUUUGCAAACCUGCGCCAAUGAGCUGGCGAAGACCAAUGAAAUUGUCGGCGAUCAGAGCGUAUUGCAGGAUCAGCAAAACAAACUGCGCGAAAUGUCCGACAAGCGCAUUGUGGAUUCUACUGUCUUUGAGAGUCUGAUUGAUCGCGGCGAGAAACUCUACGGUCACACAAGUCCCGAAGGUCGGGAGAUUAUACGCCAACAACUGCGCUCCCUGCGUACCAUGUGGGACAACUACACGGACGACCUAAACUCGGCUACGCAUAAGAUUGAUCAAUGCCUACUGCAGUUCAAUGAAUUUAGCAUAGCUCAAGAUCAGCUCACCAAGUGGCUGAAGGAUGUGGACAAGGCCAUGCAGAGUCAUACCGAACCGAAAACCACGCUUCAGGAGAAGCGUGCACAGCUGCAGAAUCACAAACUGUUGCACCAAGAGAUAACCACGCACAAUGUGCUCGUGGACAAUGUGUGCGACAAGGCGCAAAUACUAGUUGAUCAAAUAAAGGACAACUCCUUGAAUGUUUAUCUGCAGUCAAUCAAGCAACUCUUCCAGAAUAUCGUGCAAAAGUCCGAUGAAAUACUGCACAAUCUGGAGAAUUGUGUGCAAAAGCACAGCGACCUAAACAAUUCCCUCAGUGGUGCCAAGGCCUGGAUAUCGAAUGAGAAAGCCAAACUGCUGGAAUGCGAUGAUUCCUACGGUGAAAAGGCAGAUAUAAAGCGUAAAAUUGAAACCCUUGGUCAAUUGGCUCAAAAUAAAACAACGGCCAUGAAUCUAAUUAGCGAAAUCCGUGCACAAUUCAAUAAUGUAAAGCCCGCCACCUCGGAGAAGGGCAUUGAAGUGCUUGAGAAAGAAAUCGAUGAACUGGAGAUAACAAUGAAGAGUCACUUCGAUGACAUCGAGGGUAUCGAAGGCAAGCAAAAGGAUGUGCUAGCACAGUGGGAUAAAUUUGAGCACAAUCUGGAAGAACUCACCAAAUGGUGUCGCAAUGCGGAGGCCGUGUUCCGCGAGCAACAGCUCAAGUCGACGUUGCAUGAAAAGGUCGAGCAAAUGGACAAAUAUAAAAUACAGCGGGAACUCAUAUUGCAAAAGGAAAAGGAAAUCGAUGCCUUUGGAGAUACGGCACACGCUUUGCUCAACAACUGCGGUGCCGAUCGUCUAAAGACGUUGACAACGCAGAUCACAAAUCGUUAUCAACUGCUGCAGGUGUUGAGCAAAGAAGUGGUCAACCGCUGGUCCAAUCUGGUGGACGAUCAUCAGUUCUACCAAGACAAGUACAACGAGGUGGACUUGUGGCUGCAGCCCAUUGAGACGCAAUUGGAGAAGGCGCUCAAGGAUGAGCCAACGCAGAGCUCAAAUAUUCUACAGGUUUUGCUUUCCGAAAGGGAACAGGCCGAGAGUUUAUUCGGUGCAUUGAAUGCAGCCGGCGAAAAGGCCUUGCCAGAGACAUCCACCCAGGGUAGAGAAAAGAUACGCAAGGAUCUGCGUGAUAUACGCGAUCGUUGGGAUAAGCUGGACGAGGGCAUACGCAACUUGGAGAAACGCCAAGAAGCACAAAGCGUACAGCUUUCCAGCUAUCAGGAUAUACUAGGUCAAACGGUCAACUGGCUGGAUCAGGUGGAGAAGUUACUGCACAAUGAGAAUCCAGCCAGCUGGACAAGCGCACAGGAAAUUCGUUCCAAGCUGUACAAAUACAAGGCCACCAACCAGGACAUCAACUCGCACAAGCGCAUUGUUGAGGCUGUCAAUGAGAAGGCAGCAGCUCUCCUGACUAGCGCCGCGCCUGCCAAUGCUGAUGAGAUUGCCAAAUCUGUCGCUGAAAUAAACAAGCGUUAUGAGCAAGUUGGACAGGAUUGUGGCAAGCUGGUCGCUGAUCUGGAUGCCGCUUUCGAGGUGUAUCAGCAGUUCAGUGAGCUGCAGAAAGCACAGCAGGAUUAUCAGAAGAACCUGUGGGAUCGCCUGACCGGCUACUCCGACUACUCGGGCAAUAAGGCAGCCUUGCAAGCGCGUCUACAAAAGAUCAAUGAAAUCCAGGAUGCUUUGCCUGAAGGUGUUUCCAAAUUAAAAGCUCUUGAGGAACACAUUGAGCAGCAUGCCAGCAGCAUACCAGCUCGCUCAAAGGAAGCCAUGACACGCGACUUGGCCAAUUUGCAUGCUGAUUUCGAAAAGUUCGGCGGUUCGCUGACCGAUGUUAAGAGCGGCCUGGAGAACCGAUUACAGCAAUGGAAUGACUAUGAAGUCGACUUGGAUCGUUUGAUUAACUGGCUGGGCGAGGCUGAGAAUGCGCUCAAGAACUACAAUCUGAAAAACUCGUUUGAGGAAAAGGAAGAGCAAUUGAAUCGCUUCCAGUCAUUGACACAAAGCCUGCGUCAAAACGAAGCCGACUUUGAGAAAAUGAAGGAUGAUACCUCGGAGCUAGUGCAAAGCUCAGGAGAGACCAGAAUCGCAGUCAAUGUGCAACAAGUCUCCUCACGUUUCCAGUCUAUACAAGCCACGGCCAAGGAGAUACUCAAGAAAUGCGAGCAAGCCGUUCAGGAUCACGGCCACUUCAACGAAAAGUACAAGCAAUGCGCCGAUUUGUUGGCCAACGCUCAGGCACGCUACGAUGACUGCAGCGAUUUGUCCUCGGUGGCAUCACGCGAUGAUCUUCUCAAGAAGCAGCUGGUCAUACAUGAGCUGCUGGCACAGCAGCCCACGGCUACACAGCUGCUGAACAGCACCGUGGAAUUGGGCGAGAAGUGCUAUAGCUCAACGGCCACCGAAGGACGUGAGGCCAUACGCAGUCAAUUGGAUGAUCUGGCCUUUGAUCAACUCUUUGAUAAUGUUGCCAGCACUGCGCGUAAGAUACAGGAUAAGAUUGCCAAGUGGUCUGGCUUCGAUGAGACUGCUGACAAGCUUAAGAGCUGGCUGGAUGAUGUGGAGCAUGAGUUGCCAGCUGAAAUUGAACUGAAGACCACGCUGGACGAGAAGCGCAAUAAAUUGCAGGUCUAUCGUGACGUGCUCAACGACAUCAACAAUCAUCAAGUGGAGGUUGGAAAUCUGCAAGAGAUUACAGCCAAUUUGCCUGAAAAGACUGAGCAUGUGGAUCAGAUUCUUAAGGAUAUAACCGAUCGCUUUGGCAAACUGCAAAAGCGCGCUCAGGGCUACGUUGAACGCUACGAGGGUAUUGUGAGUGCCCAUCAACAAUACUCCAAGGCCGUUAUGGAUGCCCAGGAGUUCAUUGAUGCCACAUUGAACACCGUGCAUUACUGGGGCGAUCUUGAUUUGGAGCAAACUUCUCUGCAUACUAAUCUCGAUCGUCUCAAGAACUUGAAGGCCAGCCUUGCGGAUGAGUUUCCGCGCGUGGAUCAAGUGCGUGCGCUGGGCGAAAAGGUUAUACCCGGCACCAUUGAUGUGGGUCAGGUGAACAUUAAGUCCCAGAUCGAUACAACGCAACAGGAAUGGGAGGGUCUGCUGGCAGCCAUCGGCUCAACCAUCGAAGCCAUUGAGGCACGCCUGCAGCAAUGGUCCGAAUAUGAGCAGCUGCGCGAUCAGUGCUUGGCCUGGAUCCGUGACACCGACAAUGACUUGCAUGCCAUUGACCUCAAGGAGGAUCUGCCAAAGAAGCGUGCGCAAUUGGAUACGCUGAAGGCAUUGCAGGGCGAUGUCCGUGCCAAGGAAUUGGAAGUCGAUAAUGUUACCGAAAAGGCACAAACAUUGCUGAAGGGACCCACCACGACUCGAUCAUCUGGGCCCGAAUUGGUCACUAAAUAUCAGCAAAUCUUCCACAAAGUCAAGGAUUUGAACAAUCGCUGGCAGCAAUACGUUACCUCACACGAAGAUUUUGAUAACUCCAUCUCGGAGUGUGAAUCGUGGAUUAAUGGCAUUAAGGAAAAGCUGGACUACUGUUCAGACAUGUCCUCGAUGAGUCAGAAAGAACUGGACAAGAAGUUGGCCACCAUUCAAGAUGUGAUUCUACUUAAAGACGAAGGUUCUGCACGAGUGCUUAAAAUCCUAGAGCAGGCUCAACAUGUGCUCGCAAAUACCGCACCCGCUGGCCACGAGGCCAUUAACAAGGAGCUCUCAGAACUGCAGGAUCUCUGGUCCGGCAUUGCUCUGCGCAUUAUGGACGUCAAGGCUAACCUAGAUGAUUCCAUUACUCAGUGGUCUGGCUUCUUGGACCAGGUGCAAAACGUGCGCAAGUUUAACGAAUGGCUGGAUGGUUUGCUCAAGGAGUUGGGCGAGCAUCAGACGACCAUGACGGAGAAACGCGCACAGCUAGAUCGUGUUAAGUCCACAGAGGAGAAGGUACGCGUGGAGAAAAUUGAUGUUGAUUCACUGAAGGUUCAGGCUAAGGAAAUGAUAGCCAGCGGCCAACAGAGUCAGGCUGCGUUCCAGGCACAAAAAGUGCUGGAUACCUUCGAUGAAUUGUUUGGCAAGACACAGAAAUUGCUGUCGGAUCGCCAGGAUCAGUACAGAGAUCAUCGCCUGUUCAAGGAAGCCUAUGACGAUCUCGUUAGCUGGAUAAGUCGUGCACGCGAGAAAUUCCCCGCACUGAAACAGAGCAGCCUAAGCGAUAAGCUGGCCAUUGAGAAUGCCGUGCAGGCCACGGAAGCCCUGCUCAAUAAACAGGCUCAGGGUGAACUACUUGUUGAGCAUUUGGUACACACUGGUGAGGUGGUUCUGGCAAGUACUUCGACGCAGGGCCAAGAGAUCAUACGCAAUGAUAUACGCGCACUACGUGAUAGCUUCGAAAGUUUGUUCCGCGAGAUCAAUCAGCAGAAAGAGAACUUGGAAGUUACCAUGGUGCAAUGGCGCGCAUAUAAAGAGGAGUAUGAACGUCUCAUGGAAUGGCUGCAACAGAUCGAUAUACUUGUGAAGAACCAUAAGCUGAACCUCUGUCCCAAUUUGCCCGACAAGGAAAAGCAAGUGGCCGAUAUGCGCGAGGUCAUGUCGCGAUUGGAAAAGGGCAAGGAUGAUAUUGAUAAAUUUAAUGCCUCUGCGGCAGGUCUACUCAAAUCGCAUCUGGAUAGCUAUGUCAACAAUCAGCUCAGACACUUGGGCUCCAUGUACCAGGUACAGGUUAAUUUGGCGAAGGAUGUGCUAAAGAAGGUCGAAACCAAUCGCGAUCAGCAUCGCGAAUACGAUGCCAAUAUGAAGGCGGCUAGGGAAUGGAUAUCGAAUGCUAAGCAAACCAUUCAGUCCGCUGGCGAGGGUGCAGGCUCCAAGGAGGCCCUGCAACGUCGCCUGGAGCAAAUACAAGAUCUGAUACGCAAUCGUGAACUGGGCCAAAAUCUCGUCCACACAGCUAUCAAUAAUGGAGAGAAGAUUAUACGCAAUACGCGCUCCGAUGGACGCGAUGCCAUUAACAAUGAAAUGAAGGAGCUGCAGACCGAUUGGGAUCGACUGGUUAAGAAAAUGUCCACAGCCAAGGUGCAGUUGGAGACAAAUCUGCUGCAAUGGGCCGAUUACAGCUCCAGCUACACACAGUUGCAGCAAUGGAUUACCGACAGGGAGGCCAAGCUGCAGCAGGCGUGCGAACAAAAGAUUGUCAAAUCCCAGAGGGGACAACCGGGUCUCAGUAGCGGUCUGAGCGAGCGCAAGGCUAAUCUGCGCCAGACCAACAACAUUGUCCAGGAUAUUGUCUCGUUUGAGCCCAUGAUACAAUCGGUAACCUCGAAGGCGUCCGACUUGCAACAGGGUGCACCGGCCACGGAGAUCUCCGACAAAUACGAGAAUCUUACCAAGCAGGCCAAGGAUCUGUAUGCCAAACAAAAGAACACUAUUGACAGCUACCAGGCGCUGAUCGAUGCAGGUAACGACUUUGCCACAUGGCUGCGCAACGCCAAGGAAAGGCUGAGCAAGUGCUCCGAGCCAACGGGUGAUAAGCAAGCGCUGGCGGAGAAGACUCACCAGCUUAAGAUUCUGCAAAGUGAAGUUCCCGAGGGCUCAACAAAGCUGCAAAAUGCCUUGGCCCAGGGUGAAAUUGCUUGUCGCACCGCAGAGCCCGAGGAUUGUGCGAUCAUUGAAGAAGAAGUCGCACUUUUACAGGAGGAGUUUGAUGCCUAUGUGGAGGCGCUCAACAAGGCCAAGGAUUAUUUGGAGGUCGGCAUUGUCAAGUGGUCUGACUACCAGGAUCAGUACACCGAGGCGCUCGAGUGGUUGACCAAGACCGAAGCACUCGUGCAGUCCUACAACAAGCUCCAGGAUAGUCUAACCCAAAAGAAGGUGGUGCUUGAGGAGUUCCAGGGACAUCUGCAAACGCUGUUCGAUUGGCAGAAGACACUGGAUCACCUGAACAUGAAGGCUCAGGUGCUGCUAGAGACAUGCUCUGAUACGCGCAUCAGCAAUGCCAUCAUGCAGUUGACCACCAAAUACAACGCACUGUUGACGUUGGCCAAGGAGGUCAUGCGACGCCUGGAGAUGCACUACCAGGAGCAUCAGCAGCAUCAUACGCUCUACGAGGAGUGUCAGUCCUGGAUCGAAAAGACACGUGAGAAGCUCGCCGAAUGCGAACAAAUACCCGGCACGCUGAACGAGGUGCAAAUUAAAUUGAAUACAGUUAAGAAUUUGCGUCAAGGCUUUGAAACUGGCCAGAACAAGCUGCGCUAUCUUCUGGAACUCAAGGAGAAGGUGAUUAUGAAUACCGAACAGAAUGGCGCAGCCAAAAUACAAGAGGACACCGAGGGCCUGAAACAGGACUUUGACAAGCUGCUUGUGGAUCUGAACGAUGUGCGUCAAAAACUGGCCAAUCGUCUGGCUCAGCUGGAGGAGAUUUUCAAGCUGUACAAGAUCCUGCUCGAAUGGCUGGAGGAUAUUGAGCCCAGUGUUAAGGCCAGCGAGGAGUAUUUGAAUGACCUGAGCGAAAAGCGUGCUGCACUGGAGAAAUUCCGUGUCACACAGCGCGACAUCAAUGGGCACAACGAUAUUGUGGAAAAGAUUAAUGUACGCUUGCGUGAGGACAAUAGCCUGGAUAAAAACGAUUUUGCGCCCGGUCUAAGCAAAUUCGAUGAUCUGCAAGGUCAAGUGAACAAGAUCAUUGAGUCGCUGGAGAAUCAGGUGAACAAUCACGAGAAAUACAAGCAGGCCUAUAAUGAGCUGCAGGAUUGGCUGCGUCGCACACGCAUCGAGGUGGAGCAGUGCGCUGAUUGCCAUGGCGAAAAGGAUCAAGUGGAGGAUCGUCUCAAUCGUCUGGGCGACAUACAGUCCACUUCCUUGGAGGGCAAAUCGCUGCUGGAAGCUUGCGAGGAGCUCAGCCAGGCGGUCAUUGCCACCAGCGGCAGCGAGGGCCAAGAUAAUGUGGCCCAGGAGAUUAAACACCUGAACGGUGAAUGGGAAACGCUGCAGGCUCUAUCCCGAGAUGCGCGCAGCGGUCUGGAGAGCUGUCUCGCCGCUUGGCAGACAUUCCUGCAAAAGUUCAACAAGAUCAAUUUGUGGAUUGUAACAAUGAGCAAGCGCGUUGCCAAAUCACAGGAAGCCGAUAAUAAAACCACCGAAGAUUUGGUCAAUGCCAAGAAACUGCUCGAUGAGGUUCUGGCCGAGCGAGAAAAUGUCGAGGAUCUUAAUGACAACUGUGAGCUGCUCAUGGAGCAAAGCGCCUGCACUCGCAUACGUGAUCAAACCAUUGAGACUCAGGCCAAUUACACAAAAUUGCUGACUUCUGCCCAGGGUCUGGUUGCCAAGAUCGAAAAGAAUCUGUCGGAUCACACCGAGUUCCUCAAUUACAAGAAGGAAAUGGAUGCCUGGAUCGAAAAGGCUCAGCAAGUACUCAACGAUUGCAGCAUCGACGGUGAUGCUUCAGUAAUUGCACAAAAACUGGAGACUGUCAACUCAUUGGCCUCCCAUUUGCCCGAGGGUCAGCAUUUGCUGGCCAUGGUGCAAGAUGCCUACUCGAAGGCCUCCAAUAUUACGCCCGAGGAUAAGCAGGAGAAACUGCGUGAGUUGAUGACCAAGGUGCGCGAGGACUGGGAUGCAUUGGGUCUGGCUGUCAAGCAGAAGCUCACUGACUUGAAGCAGGCACAAAAUCGUUGGAACGAUUUCGCAGCCAACAAGGAUAAGCUCGAUAAAUGGCUUAUUGAAACAGAGAAGAAGCUCAAGACAGCGCCCGAGACCAAGGGUGAGCUGAGCGAGAUGAAAACCCUGUUGGAGCGCUACAAGACGCUCGGCAAUGAGCUCAAGCAGAAGGGCAACGAUCUGGAGCAGCUAAUGUCGGAGGCACGCGAUCUGGGCACCGAGGUGGAUGCCGUCAACCGUUUGCAGUCGCGUUGCGAUAAGCUGAAGAACGACUGCGCCGGCUAUAUCAGAGAUCUGGAGCAGGAGAUGAUCGACUAUAAUGCCUAUCAUCAGAGCCUGCAGGAUGUGGAGAAAUGGCUGCUGCAAAUCUCGUUCCAGCUGAUGGCCCACAAUUCGCUCUUCAUUUCGAAUCGUGAACAAACGCAAGAGCAAAUUAAACAGCAUGAGGCGCUGCUGGGCGAGAUCCAAAAGUAUCAGACCAAUUUGGAUGACCUAAAUGCCAAGGGUCAGGCACAAAUUAAACGCUAUGAGCCGACAACGCCUGGCAUACGGCCGACCGUGGAGUCACAGCUGAAGAACAUACAGGACAGCUACAAUUCGCUGCUGCAGACAUCUGUACAAAUCAAGAAUCGCCUGCUCGAGUCGCUGGCCAAAUUCCAGGAGUACGAGGACACGCUGGACAACAUCAUGCGCAAUCUGGAGGCCUAUGAGCCAAUCAUACAAACUGAACUGGACGCACCAGCCACGAGCCUGGAGUUGGCACAGAAUCAGCUCAAGUGUGCCCAGGAUAUGCAAAAUAAACUGAACAAUGAAAAGUCCAGGCUGGCAGCAGCCGUCCAGGCAUGCGAAGCAGCCACAGCAUCUAUAAGCCGACCCAGCUCUCCUCUGGAGACAGCCAUGCAUGCCAUACCCGAACGUGAACUGAUCGUGCGCGCCAAGCUCGAAGAUCUGCUGGAUCAGCAACCGCCGCCAAAUACUCAGAGCUCAACCGACGACGACGCUGAUAACGAUCUCGACGUUGAGCUCAGCGAUGUGAAUGAGGCGCUGUUGGAUCCAAUUGCUCACGAGCGUAUUAGCAACUAUCGUCGCAUAGUACGCCUGAAUAGUGCACACGUGAGCAAGCUGAAUGCACUCGUCGCUAAGGUGCAAUCCCACUUGGGUGGUCUGACUGCAUCCGUUAGCGAACUGGAGCAACAGCAGAAGCAGCGCGCCGAGCUGCAGGAUUGGGUCAAGCGGCAACAGAGCUCUGUCUCCGAUUGGCUAAUGCGACCAUGCAAGCUGCGUCCCGAGGCCGCACAGCAGGAACUGGUUGCCAUGAACGAUCUAUUGAAUUCCAUUGGUGACAAGCGAUCGCAGCUGAUGCUCGAAAUGACAGGAUCACUGGGCGAUGAGGAUACGGAUCUGGAUGACAACAUUGACAAGCUGGAAUCGGAGCUCAUGGACGCCAUUGCCAAGAAGCAGGCGGGCCAAAAUGUCAUCGAUGGCUAUCGCCAGGGCAUGCAGGAUGUGCAGAACUGGUUUGAUACGUUGAUCAAGCGCAUGGAUGUGCUGGAUCGCGGCUCUGGCCUGAAUUGUGCCCAGAAAAUGGCAGCCAUCAAUGAGAUAAAGAACGAAUACGAGCUACAGGGCCAUCCCAAGAUACAGGAGCUCAAGGGCAAGGCCGCCCAGGUGGCUGAGGUCAUCAGCAAUCUGGAUGGUCAGCAGGUGGAGGAGCAAAUGAAGUCGUUGGAUCGUCGCUUUGCCGAUCUGGGCAAGCGCAUCGAUCGCAAGGCGCAGCUCUUGGAUGUGACCAACAAGGGCGUGGACGGUGCCAAGGGUGAAAUUGACCAACUGCAGCAAUGGGUGAAGCAGCAAAUCGAAGAGCUGCAAGCACCAGCGGCACUGGGCUAUUCGCCCAAGGAUGCCGAGGCGCGUCAGCAGAAGAUCAAGAGCCUGAUGAAGGAUGCGGAGGCAAAGCAAUCGCUGGCCGAUGUGCUGGACAAGCGCAUAGCCAACAUGCAGCCCGAACUGGAAUCGGCGGAAUAUGCCCAACUGGAGUCGGCGUUGCGUAAUCUGAAUAGCGAGAAUCGCAAUUUGUCUGGAGUGCUAAAGGCAGAAUUGGAUCGCGCUUUGGAGGCGAGCAAAGCACGCAAAGCGCUGGAGAAUGAUCUGGACAAGGCGCGUCAAUGGCUGAAGGCCAAAAUCUCUGAGGUGCGCAAAUUGCCCGUGUAUCAUCCGCUCACCUCCGCUGAGAUUGAGAAGAAAAUCGCGGAGAAUAAGAAAUACGAUGAUGAUGCCAAGCAAUUCAAUGACAGCGUCCUCAGCGAUGUACAGCGCCAAGCGGCGAACAUCAUGAAGGAUUGUGGCGAUGCCGACAAGGCAGCGCUGCAGCAGAUUCUGGAUGAAAUCGCCGCCGACUAUCAGACGCUUAAGGAUGAGAGCGGCAAGCGUGGCAAGUCCUUGGAUGAUCUGCUGCAGGGUCGCAAAGCAUUCGAGGACUCAAUGAAAAAGAUGGGCGACUGGCUGAACGAAAUGGAAACCGCAACCGAAAGUGAACUGCGCACCACCAGCCUGCCGGUGCUCGAGGAGCAGCUGGCCCACUACAAGAAGCUGCUGCAGAAUGCCGACAAUAUGGGUGGACUGAUUAACGAUGUGUCCGAGCAGGGCAAGAGCAUUUUGCCCACGCUGAGCAAUGCGGACAAGCUGAAGCUCAACGAUGACAUCAAGAACAUGAAGGAUCGCUAUGGACGCAUCAAGCAGACCAUCGAUGAUCGCGUCAACGCGCUGGGUGAUCACAUCAAGAAGUACAAGGACGCCAAGAACAGACUGGCCGACUGCAGUCAAUUCCUGGGCAACAUACAGCAGCGCAUGCGCGAACUGAACCGACCCAUUGGCUCCCGGAUCGAGGAUGUGCAGGAUCUACUGGGCGCCUACGAGGGCAUACUGAAGGAGCUGAAGGAUAGCAAACACAAGAUGGGCGACAUGCAAAUGGAUGAUCUGCCCGAAUUGCAGAGCAUUCUCACACAGCAGGACGAUAUGAUUAAAUUGAUUGAGGAUCAGUUGGCGCAUCUGCGUCAGCUGCUGAUGCUGCGCGAGCAAUUUAUUGCCCUGAUCAAUGAGAUAAUCGCCUUCAUUAUGAAGUACACCGAUGUCAUUAUCGACAUAGAGAACUCACCGGACAGCCUCGAGGAUAAGAUCAAUAAAUAUGACGAUGUUAUUGUCAAGAUACAGGAAUGCGAGGGCCUCUUGGCCUCGGCCAACGAUAAGGGCCAGAAGAUUGCCUCCGAGGGCAAUGCUGCGGAUAAGAACAGCAUCACCGAGCAGCUGCAAUCCUUGAAGAAUCAGUUGCAGAACCUGCGCAAGGCCGUGGAAUCGCAGCGCCAGAAGCAUCAGCUACAGCUCGAAUCUCACAAGAAGAUGGCCGCCGAUCUGAGCGAAAUACUCGACUGGCUGCACAACAAUGAAGGCAUUGCCAAGUCCCGGCCCCUGCUCGAUCGCGAUCCCGAGUCCGUGGAACGCGAACUCCAGAAGCAUCACGCCCUGAGCAAGGACAUCGAUGCCCAACUGCAAAAGUUCAAUCGAAUCAACGAGAGCGUCAAAACGGAUGUGGGCAUGCCCAGCUCCCUGCUGGAAAUGCUCUCCGAGGGUCGCUCACUGGUCGCCUCGCUGCCUCAUGAGCUGGAGGAGCGCGAAAAGUAUUUGAAGAACAAUCGCGACUCGCGCCUGGAGUAUAUGCAGCUGGUGGCCAAGUUCAACGAUUGGGUGCACGAGGCUGAGCUGCGCUUGCAGAACAGUCAGCAUGGCAUUGACUACGAGCAUCUGAUGCACGAUCUGGACGAGCACAAGAUCUUCUUUGGCAACGAGGCGCCCAUACGCAAUCUGGUGCACAAGCAAAUCCAGGAGGCAUCCGACAAGAUUUGGUCCUCGCUCAACAGCUACGAACAGUCCGAGCUGUCGGCCGAGCUGACACAGUUCCAGACCAAGCUGGCCAACACCUUGGCCAAUGCCAAGACCCAGCAAAGCGAGCUGGAAAAGGAAGCGGAACGCUGGCGCGAAUAUCAACAGUCCAUCGAUCGCGUCAAGGCCACCAUUGAGCGCACCAAGUUCAACGAUGAGCCCGUCCAGAAUCUGGCUGGCCUGCACUUUAAUAUUCAGAAGUUGUCGCAUGCCAUUGGCAAUGUACAGAGCCAAAACAGUGACCUGUCGCUAGUGAAUCAGCAGGCGCAGUCGCUCAUACGCCAAGCGGACGCACGGAAUCGCCAACUGAUUGAGCAGGAUAACGCUGCCCUUAACCGUGACUGGCAGGACCUGGUGCAUAGCCUGGAGCAGAGGCGCGACAAGUUGCAACAGUUGGCCGAGCAUUGGGAUAGCUUUGAGAACGGCUUGCACGGCUGGGAGAAGGCAUUAGGUCGCUUGGAGGAUAAGUUCCGAAAUGUCGAUCCAACUGUAAGGUCGCGACGUCAUUUGGAAGAUACAAAGAAUGCCAUUCAGGAACUGCGUGAAGAAUCAAAUGAACUUAAAUCAUCACAUAAAGAAAUCGAGGCGCUCUCAAAAUCCAUCCUCACAUUCCUUGGGGAAGUACACAAACCCUCGGCGGAGGCCAUACAGGCCAAAGUGGAUAAGUUAGUCGAACAGCAAUCAAAAUUGAACGAUACGCUACGCGAUAAGGAUCAACAGGUUAGCAAGGAUCUCGAGGAGAUCGAGCAAGUGUUCCGCCGCAUCUCACAGCUGCAGGACAAAUUGAACGCACUACACGAACAACUGCAGUCGGUACACGUCUACGACGAGCAUAUUGCCCAAACGGAACAGGUCCUCAUCACACUCAAUAGCCAGGUGCAGCAGGCCGGCGAGGAGAGUCGUGCGCUUGUCGCGCAAACCCAAGCGCUCUAUCAGACCAAACAGAAUCAGCUGCCCAGCGAUAUUGCCCAGGAGUUUACCGCACUCGAACUGUUAGCGGAACGCGUACAGGUGACCAUGGAGACCAAAGAGAAGGAUUUCAAGCGCGCCAAGACCGUGCGCACCGACUAUUUGGCCGGUGUGGAUGAGAUCCAGCGCUGGCUGCUGCAGGCCGAGGUGCAGGUGCAGGAGCGCACACUGGAGCCGACACAAAUGAAGGAGCUGCUGCAGCGCAUCAAUCAGGAAAUUGGCGCCAUCUAUGAACGAUUCACGCUGGUCAAGACCAACGGUCAGCUGAUCAUUGAGAACUGUCGCAACAGCGAGGAGAAGACGCUGGUGCAAUCGACCAUUGAUCAGCUGGCCGCGCAGCUAGCCCAAGUUCGCGGCUGGUUGGAUGAGAAGAAACAGGCUGUUGGCGAUAGCCUCGACGCCUGGACACGGUUCAUGAAUCUGUAUCAGAUUGUCAUGUCCUGGGUGGCGGAUAAGCGCACGUUCAUUGAUCAAACCAUUGAGCUGCGCACCCUGCCCGAGGCGCGAACCAAGCUAAACGACUAUGCGGCGGCUGUGAAGAGUAUUAAACCGAUUGUGAAGCAUUUGAGCGAAAUGGAUAAGGAACUGGAACACAUUGGUCAAGUGACGACCGUGGGCGAUCUCAAGGAUAAGCUGCAACAGGCCGAGGAUGCGAAGAUAGCCGUGGAAGCAGUGCUGCUGGAGAGGAACUCACUGCUGCAGGAGGCCUGCGAGGAGUGGGAUCAAUGCGAGCGCAAGAUCAAGGACAUACGCGCCUGGCACGAGAAGACCAAACAAACAUUGGACUCCUCGCCGCAGCAAAAGAAGCCGCUGCGCGAUCAAUUGGGCUACUGCGAAAAGACUCUGGCCGACAUAAAUGUGCAAAAAACCAAACUGAGAUUGUCUAUUGAAAAACUGGAGGUACACUUCCGCAACGGCAUGGGCGGUGAUCCGCGCCUGAGCGAGAAUGUUGACGAUUUGGUGCGCGUGCUCGAUGGUCUGGGUGAACUGGUCAAAGCCAAAUCUCAGAGUCUCGAGCAGACGCUAGCCCAAAUCGAUGUCUAUCAACAGCAAAUGCAAACGCUGCGCCAGCGUAUUAUACAGGAGGAGCAGCAGCUGCGUCUGGUCAUGGCGCCCACGUACUUGCCGCACGAUCGUGAGCGCGCAUUAGCCGAGCAACAGGAUAUAAUCACGCAAGAACUCGAAGAACUUCUACAAUCGCUGUCAACCGUCGAGGAUGGCAUUGGGAAUAUGAGCCACAGCAGCUUGGAGGGCAUGCUACAAGGAUUGAAGCUAAUCCAAAGCAAUCUGCAAGUACAUGAGAAGGAAGCGCUACAUCUCAAGGAUCAAGCAAAGGCAUUGCCCACAGAUCCUGGAACAGAGCGUUUGCUUAACGAGACCGCAGAUCGCAUCGAUCUGCUGCUGAGGCGCACACAGCAAGGCAUUACCAUGAUAGCCAACGCCAUGCAUGGGCAGAAGAAGCGUGAGCAGGAGAUCGACGAGUACCAGCAGCAUUUGCUGGAGCUGGAACGCUGGAUCAAUGAGGUUUCCGCCGAAUUGGCCUCGUUCGAGCCAACAACGGACAGCAGCACCGAUGAGCAGGUGCUCAAGACUCAGGUGGAGCGCAGUCAGCAAUUGCUGCGCACUCUGAAGGAACGGCAACAGUCCAUGGAUGAUUUGGUCGACCAAACACGAGAGCUUCAGGCUCAUCCCGACGUCGCCCCGUUGGCCGAUACGCUGAUGGAGCAACUGCAGAGCAUUCUAAUCAUAUUACGUGAACAGAUCACCGUUGCGACUACGCGUAUCUUUACCAUUGAGAAACGAAUCGUGGAUCUGCGCAAGGCCAAGAGCGAGGAUGCACAGCGUCAGCGCGUGCUGGCGGAUGCCCAAAUACUGGCACCAAUUGCUGCAAGUGCAGCGCCUGAAUCCAUAGAGUCCAAUGAAAACACUCUAGACUCGAGCUCAAUGCCUGAGGAGGAGAUCAAGCCCGCGGGUGUUUAUGUGGAGACGCAGACAUCGCUGAGCUUGCAACAACCUCAGCCGCAGAUCGCCACAAGUAAUGUGGAGGCGCAGACUAGCUUCCAGGAACCGCAACCCGUGGUGGCCAUAGAAACCGCCGAGGUAGCACUGCAAACACUCAAGGAGCGUCCACCCACGGAAAACAUAAUGGUCACUCAAACCGUACAGCAUGGUCAGGAGACAAUACAAAUUGACACACAGCUGAACGAAAAUGUACCGGAACAGACCGAGGAUGUGCAGAUCGAGGCGCGUUACCAUCAGCAACCCAAGGGCGAUGUGGAUCGUGCCACCGAGCUGAUACUUAAGAAUGUGCCGCAGGCUUUCGAAACUACAUUUGUCGAACCAGACGAGACCACAACCGAGGUGGUUGUCGGCGCCGAUGGCACCAAGCAUAUUGUCUUGAAAAAGGUCACCCGGAUGCGUCAACAAAUUGUGCAACAGCAACAGAUUAGCUCCAUUGAGACAGUCAGCGAUGCCGAUGGCAAUAUUGAAGUGCAGUCAACAGGUCAAAUAAACUUGGAGAAUGUGAAGACCACAGACACGUUUGGCGAUCCACAACAGAGCACUUACCGCACCGUAGUCACGCAGCAAACGCGUGCCACCCUGUUGGAUGGUUCCCAGCCGGAGACCGUGACGGUCAGUGAGUUCGAGACGGAGCCGGUGAUUGAGCAGUAUGAGCAGCUGUUAAGCCCCGAUGCGGAUGGCAAAAUGCAGCCAUUCCGCGCGGCAGCUGGACAGUCUACGCUAGAUAAUCAGGGUACCAGAAUACAAGCUGUAAUGCAGCAGGUGACCCGUAAGAUUAUACGCAAGACCCGAAAGAUAAUCAAGCGUGUGGUCAUCAUUGAUGGCAAGGAGCAUGUGACUGAGGAGGUGGUUGAGGAGCCCGAGGAGAUUGAGGUGACUGAGGAGGAGACUAUGCCACAUAUCGAUGUCAAUAUUGUGCGUACGGUGAAUGGAAAAGUGGUGAGCGAAGAGGAAUUCCAGCGCAUGAUGCAAGAACCAGGCGUGGUCAUCGAAGAAGUUGCAACGGAUCUGUCAUCACAGACAGUAGAACCGCAGCAACAGGUAUUUGAUAUUGAGUCUAUCAACAUCUCCAACACCACCACCACAACCACACAACAAGAACAACCACUCGAUAAACAGACACAACCACCAACAACAACAAAAACAACUGCAAUUACAAGAGAAACGACAAAAGCAGCACCUGUAGAAUUGCCAGCACCUCAAGUAGACAUUGAAGAAAUCGUAAAUGUUGCCCCUAUCAGUCCCGUUAAUGUUGCAGCUGCGGCAGUAACUGAACCUACAGCCCCCACCACCACAACAACAACAACGACAAUCACAGCUACAACAACAGAGAGUCAGCCUGUGGUGGAAGAUAUCAAGGAAAUUUGGCCACUGGAACAUCAUUUGCAAACCACAAACAUCGAUUUCUCGGAGCAUGCCGAAGAGCUGGCACCGCCAGCUGCUUCCAGCCCAGAGCCAUCAAUGCCCGUGGAAACCAUUUGGCCAACUAGUCCUGAAACUGGCAACUCUGUCACCCUGGAAUCGUAUGCAUUUGAGCCAGCGUUGCCAACAGCUGUGAGCAUCAAAUCCGAGUCUGAGCCGGCACCACAAAAGACUGAAACAACGCCGGAGCAGCCAGUGGCUAAGCCCAAGACUGACGUAGAAACCUUCCUAGCAGCUGAACAAGCACAUGCUCAACCCGAUAAGAAAGAGUCUGAAAAAGCUGAAACAGCAGUACCAGCCGAGCAAGCACAACCACAAAAGGUAGCGCCUAAAGAACCUGUCACAGAAGUGCCAUCCAUCAACAUCGCCGAUAAACAAUCGGAUAUACCUCAAAAGGAUAUACGUGUGGCCACCCAGCUUUUCAUUUCUGAAGAGGCAGCCGCCUCAGCGUCGCCACGCAAGACUUACCAGAUAACAGCACCCUCUGUAGAAGCCACUGGAGCUGGUGUACUCAAGGUAGCCAUGGCAGCAACCUCAGAGCUUGUUGAAUCCAUUGGCAUGUCACCCGCUAAGGUAACCAUGUCCAUUGUGGAGACUGUCACAGCGCCCCUGGAGCACGACGAAGACGCGUCCACGAAGCGAAGUCGAAAGAAAAAGAAGAGAAGAGAUGAGGAAAAAGCCAAGAGUGAGCAAGUACCAGAACCAAAGCCGCAGCCCGUGCACGAAACUGUCAAAGUGGCAGAGGUAAAAACAAAGUUAGAAGAGGAGGCAGCGCAUGUACCGCUCUCACCCGAGAAGUCGCCACGUAGAGACACCAUCACCCCAGAAUCGGAAGACAAAGUAUGCCACGAAUCGAUUGUGGAGAUAAGCACAGAGAGUGAUUUGUCGAGCAUGGAUAUGGGUCAGACCGUCAAGGUGGUCGAAGAUUCGAUUAUACCCUCACCCACAGAGCAGUCACGUACUCCAAUUACGGAACUGGUUAUACCCACAGAGGUUGUCGAGCUGGCAGUACUUGAAGAUGAGGAGCAGCAAACGAGUCCGCGUGCACCCACGCCAACAACUGCCGAACAGGAUAUUAAAUCUUCGCAGACAUCACCACAGCACAAACCCAAACUGGAUGAAACAGCGGUGCAAACGAGCCUUGAUGUACGUCCGGAUAACCAGGAGACCGAAUCGCAGACGAUCAUUGUGGAAAUUACUGAAACUGAAGCCCAGACAACACCACGCGGUGACGACGACAAACCUGAGCCCGUCGAGACAUUUAGCACAGAAAUUCAAACCGAUGAGAAUGGUCAGCCCCGGCAAACCGUCGAAAUUUCUAGCCAAACGAUUAUAACGACAACAACCGAAAAGGAGCUGCAAACGACGCCCAAGGAAUCGCCGCGCCUAGCUGAAUCAAGUAGCGACCACGUGGUCGACCCACUUGUUAAAGAUUUGGUUAAAGACAUGACCAUCGAUUUGCCUGUGCCCACAAAGGAGCAGUCCACCGUCACAGAGGUAACCACCACCAAGGAGACUCACAUGCAAACAGCAACGCCAGAGCCAACGGAAUUGAGCAGGCCUGAAGCCGUAGAUGUGAGCGAUGUGCUGGUGCAGACCACACCACGUGAGGAGCCACAGCCAAUUUCGCUUGAAGACAAUUCCUUGACAGCUACAUCUACUUCAGAGCCCUACGAGCUGGAGGUGAAAACUACAGUGGCCAUACCGGCCGAUUCCGAUGCAUCUACAGUGGAGCCUACGCUAUAUGAAUACACGCAAACGAUGCAGCUGCCCAAGCCUGAAAAGAAAUCCAAAAAGGACAAAAAGGACAAAAAGAAACAAAAGGGCAAGUCUGUGCCGGAGCCAACGCAAGAGGCGGAUCCACAAAUUAGUGUGACCGUAGAAAUUGCACCCGAACUGCUGACUGAAUCUGGAAUAGAACUCUCCACCAAUCAGCAAAUCGAAGAGGUGCCACAUCUGCCGCCAGUAUCCGACUCUGAGCCCACCGAGGUUGUUGAUCCGCAAAGGCCACAGCGUGUGCAAUUGCAAAUCACAAAGACCACAGUCUACGAUGAAUAUCCUGAUUUGCCGGUGCAUAUACUCGAACAGAACAAGGUUAGCAUUGCCUCGCAACAGCAAGGCAAGCCACGCAGUCGACCCACAUCUUCGGUGACCAUUGAGGAGGUUGCUUCGCCAACGGAGGAGCUGGUGGUGCCCAUUACGCCGGGUCCAGAUAAUCUGGAUGAAAAGAAUAUAUGGCUAACGGCAACGACCAGCUCGACUGAGGACAGCACGCCGAUGGAUUCCUCUGAAGCGCUCAUCAGGAGCGAGACUUUGCAGCUGUAUCCUGGUAAACAACAACAACAGCAACCGAAGCUGACCUGGGCAGAGACCAAGGAGGCAAUUGGCAGUCGCAUAAGGCAACUGAAACAGGCGACGCCACAGCAGUCAACACCAUUGAGCGAUGUCCUUCACCUGGCCACACUAUCCGAGCAGAUCAAGCAGGUGCCCACCGAACAGCGCUUGCUGGAGGUCAACGAAGGAUUGAAGAACUUGGAUGUGGCCAUAAGCAGUAGAGAUAAAACGAUUAUACACACCACAGUCAUAACUGUCAUUGAGAAGGUCUCCACCUGGCUGGAAACCAUCGAGUAUCGCGUGUAUCUCAUACGGCAGAACUCGAAUGAAGGUCCCUCGGAACAGAAACUGGACAACUACAAUCAGCUGAACGAGGAGCUGCACACAAUCAAAGCGAAUGUCCAUCAGCUCGAGCGAGGGGUCGGCCAAACGGAUAAACCAACACAGUCGGAGCUGCUGCAAUAUGUGGACACGCUCAAAGAGCACAUCGAUGCUGUGGAGCAGGUGACCCAACAGAGUCAGGCCCAGGAUAGCAAGGAUCUGGACAAGUGGCACAACUUUGAGCUGCUCUACAGAGAAGUUUCCACAUCGUUGGACUUCCUGCAACAACGGUACGAACAGGCGCUCAACGGGGAACAUCCGCUCUCCCAGAAGCUGGCACUUCUCGAUGAGCUGGACCGGCAGCAUACGGCAGGCCAGCAGCAGUUGGAACAACUGAUGCAGACUGCCCGCUUCUUCCAGCGAGAUUUCCCCAAUAAGAAAAUACCACAGGGUGUGUACAACGCCUUUGAGAACAGCAAGAAUAUUGGCAACAACAUCGAGACAGAGCGUGAUCGUCUGCUUCAGCUGCAGUCACUGGCCGAGGAGUACGAGCAGACGCUCAAGGAGUUCACCAAUAUCACGGUGCUGGCCGACAAAAUGAUGGAGAGCCCAAUUGUGUCCAGUUCCCUGGAGCUGCUCAACCAUGAGGUGCAAAAACAGCGCAAAUUCUUUGUCAAUCUGAGCCACUGUCGCGCCAUGCUGGAGUCGCUCGAGGAGAACAUUGAUAGCGAGACGCGCGAGAAGCACUCGGAGUUGCACAAGCAGCUCUACCAGAAGGCCACCCAGCUGCUAGAGCGUGCUUCGGAGCGUUCCUCAAAGCUGGUGCAGGCCGCCUCGCGCUGGACAGUGCUGGAGAAGGGCAUGCGCGAUGAGCUGCAGUGGUUGCAGGUGGCACAGCAACGUGUGCCAGAUCUGUCGGCGGUUACCUCCGCCGAUUAUGAUCAGUAUGCGACGCUCUAUCAAUCCCUGAGCAAUGACAUCUCUCAUCAUUAUGUGAAGAUGACGCAGCUCUCGGGCAUUGCCAACAAAAUGCAGCUGCUGGUGCAGGCGCCCAAUUUGGUUGAGGAAUCGAAUGAUGCCCUCAUUGUGCUGCUCAAGCUGCGCGAGGAGGUGGCGCUCUACUUGCACCGCCUGCUGGUCUUCAAGGAGAUCUGGGUGCAGUACGAACAGCAGACAGAGAAAAUGGAGGCAUUUGUACGCGAAGCGGAGCAGGAGCUGCGCCAAAUCCAUAUACCCACACAACCCACAGAGGAGCCCAUACCCCAUAUGCGGCAAUUCUGGGAGAUUAAGGCGCGCUUCGAGCUGCAUAAUAACAUACGCAACGAUGCGGGACAUAGCCUGGAGAAAUCCCUCCAAGUCAUACCACUGGCCGAUGAGAUGCUCCAGCGCCAGUUCCAUGCCCAACUCGAGGAUCGCUGGCAGGCGGUGGCCCAGGCCAUUGAGCUGAUACAGCACAACAUUGUCGAGUGCUUGUCCUCGGAGGAUAUGCCCGCGGAUGAAAAACUCAAGUUGGUGGAGCGCGAGCUACAGGAAAUCUACCUGACCAUGACCAGCAUGAAGGGCGUUAUCAAAAACGAGGAGGAGCUCUGCUUGUACAUUGAGCGUGUCCAGGUGCUGCGCACACGCGUUGGCUUCAUUGGCAACGAGCUGGGCCGCAUUGGACUUCAGGAGCCGGCAAUUGAACCAGAAAAAGUGGGCGAACUUUUUGCGCUCUCGCACAAAAUAACCACACAAAUUGCCGAGGAGCUGGAGUUCGCCUCCGUGCUGCGAGAUCAGCUGCAGGCCAUACACGAGGGCAUCAGCAAUCAGCGCAAGCACCAGGCCAAAAUCUCUGUCAUAUUGGACGAAUGCGAGUCCGCCGAGCGCCAAGGCGCGGAUAUCAUAGAGAAAGCCGUCGCCGAUUGCCAAAAUGCGGGCGAGGAGCUCGUUGCCAGCUGGCAGGAGAUAAUGCGCUUACGCCAAAUGCUGCACACGCUGCCCAUGCGGCUGAAGAUGUCCGUGUCGCCCGUGAAGCUGGAACGCGACAUUUCCCAGCUGCAGGACGAUCAUGCCUUCCUCGAGAGCAAGUGCACCAAUAUUAUGGCCAUCCUACGUAAUCGCUUGGCCUUAUGGCUACGCUACGAACGUCAGCUGGAACUGGUGCACGACUCUGUUCAGGAGACGGACUUCAUGAUGGAACUGAUACGCGUGCACGGCCAGGUCGACUAUGAGCGCCUGCGUAAGGCCACCGAGAGAUUAGAGGGACUUGCGGGCGAUCUGCACAGUCGAGAGCAGCUCUUGGACGAGCUUAAGGGCGCCGCCAAACCGUUAAUCGAGAGCUGCGAUGUACAAAUUGUCGAGCAAAUUGAAUCGUCCGUGCAGGAUGCGGUAGUCGCCUGGCAUGAUACCACCGAGAAUCUGCAACAGCUUUGCACACGCUACCAGCGGGCCGUCGAGCUCUGGGACAAGUAUCGGAACGCCUCAGCAGCGGUCAAGAGCUGCAUCGACCAGCAAAUGGACAGCGUCAAGUCCUUCGAGCAGCCCUUGGAUGCCAUGCAACAUGCCAAGGUCUGUCAGGACAAUCUGAGCACACAGAAUGAUCGCCUCUUGGAGCUGCGCGACAUUGUGGCCAAGAUAGCCGCCGAUGUGGGUCUGGAUGCCUCUUCGCUAAUGCAGGGCGAACUGGAUGCGUUGGGCCAGCGUUUGGCCGAAUGCAAGGAUGCGAUAACGACGCUGGCGAAUGUGGCCGAGACGCAGGAUAAGGAGCGCAAGGAGCUCGACAAGGAAAUGACACAGGCCAAGGUCUACUUCAACAAUGUGCAGCAGGAUAUUGCGCGCGGUGAGCCGAGAACGCCCAAGGAGAGCGAGGAGCAGUUGGCCGCGCUGCGAGCCCAUCUGCAGACGCUGGCCCGCACCGAGGAGCAGCUGCGUCAGCUGCGCGAACGCCAGCAGAACAACAAUGAGCUGGCGUCGAGCGGCUCUGCCGCUGCCGCCGUUGCCGACGAUAGCAUCCUGGAGGUGCUGGCGAUGUGGCAGAAGAUAUUCCAGGAUACGUUCCAGGAGUACCAUCGCCUGUCGACGCGCCUGGCGCGCACCCAGAACAGCUCGGAGGCGUUGCGUUUGUGGCGUCAGUAUUUGCAGCAUGUGCAGUCGUUCCUCGCCUGUGCCAUACCCGAGGAUUACAGCAGCCUGCGCGAGCAGCAGCAGCUGUGUGCCAUACACCAGAACCUGCUCAUCUCGCAGCAGAGCGUGCUCGCCGAGACGCCGCUCGAAUCGGAGCUCUCGGAGCAGUACAAGGCGCUGACCAAUCUGCACAACGAGACCCUCUCGCGCAUUAUGCAGCGCAACGAGGAGCUGGAGCGCCGUGUCAGCGGCUGGAAUGCCUACCGGCAACAACUGGCCGCCCUGCUCGACUGGCUGCGCCAGCGCGAGGCGGAACGCAAUGCGCUGCAGCUGCGCUACAUACACCUGAAGCGCGUGCCGCACCUGAAGGCGCGCCUGGACGCAUUGCUGCUGCAGCUGACACGUGGCGAGCAGCAGAGCGCCGCAUUGAAGGCACAGCAGCAGGAGCUGCUCAAGUACUGCGACGAUGCGCUGGCCACCGCGAUGCGCAUGGAGCAGGCGAGCAUCAAUCAGCGUAUUAGCAAUUUGCGUGCCGCCCUCGAGACCUGGCAGAACUUCCUCAAGCGCAUCAAGCAGCUCGGGGAGUCGUAUGAGCAGCGUGUCCAGCAAUUGCAGACGGAGUUUGGCAAGGCACAGGAGCUGCUCGACAGCAGCUCGGGUGAUGCACUGCCCACGGCGCCCGCCGAGAUUGAGCAGCGUCUGGUUGCGCUGAGAGCGAAACGUCUCCAACUAGGCGCUCAGACGUUCGCGCUGGAGGACCUGACGGUCAGCCAGGAGGAGCUGAAGGAGUGCAUCAGUCCGCACGACAUGAAGGCCAUACGCCAGCGCAGUUUCCUGCUCUGGCAGCAGCAUGCCGAUCUCGACUACCAGCUGGCCGUGCUCAUCAAUGCCAUCGAGGAGCGUCUGUCGCUGCUCUCCAACUACCAGGUGCGCUAUGAGCGCAUCACCCAGUGGCUGCGCACCCUCGAGGAGCGUGUGGAGCGCGAUGCCGAUGUCGCGGCCAUGGCCAAUCCGGAACAGGCAGCCAAACAGCUGGAGCACCAAAUCAAUGGCGAGCUGCAGCUACGCGACAAGGAGCGAGAAUGGCUGCUCUCCACCAGCCGGGAGCUGCUGGCUCUCUAUGCGGAUGCCACGCCCCAGGCGCAGCAGGUGCGCAGCCAGGUGCAGCAGCAGAGCGAUGCACUGAUCGAUCGCUGGAAUCGGCUCAAGUUCCUGUGCAAGCAGCGCGCCACGAAAAUUGGCGAACUGAAGCAAACGCUGAUGCGACUGGAGGAGCGCAUAGCACUCAUACGUGCCUGGCUCUUCGAUGUGGAGUCGCAGCUGGACAAGCCGAUCAGCUUUGACAACUACACGCCCAACGUGAUCAAGGCCAAGCUGAGCGAGCACGAGCAGAUCCAGCGUUCCAUUGAGCAUCAUAGCAGCAAUGUGGGCGAGGUACUCAACCUGGUCGAAAUGCUGCUCAGCGAUGCGGACAGCUGGCGCACCCAGGUGAACACCACGGGGUUGGCCUCAUCGGCUCAAAAUCUGGAGCAACGCUGGAAGAACGUGUGCAGCCAGUCGGCGGAGCGUAAGGCUCGCAUCCUGGCCACAUGGAAUUCGCUCCAGGAGCUGAUCAAAAUGACCACCGAGCAAAAGUCCUGGCUGGCCAAACAGGAAACCCAACUCUCUAGCUUUGAGCGCGACCAGAAAUACGUGAGCAAACAAAAGCUGGACGAACGCCAGCAGGCCUUGCGCGCCAAGCUAUCCGAACUGGAAGCCGAGACUGUCCGUCUGCGCCAGCUGGAACAGACGUAUGCCUGCCUCACAAUGAGCCCGGGCGUCGAGCCCGAGAACAUCCAGAAGCUGACGCUGCCCACCAAGGUGAUGAUGAGCAAGUGGCGUCUGUUGACGCCCCGUUGCCACGCCCUGCUGGAUGCCAUUGACAAGGAUGCCAAGCUGAUGCGAGACUUUAACACGGCCCAGCUGGAGCUGAACAAAUCGCUGGCGAGCAUACAGAAGGCGCUCGAGCAAGUGCCCAAUGCCGAGGAUCAGCAGGUGGCCAUGGAGGCGACGGUGGUGCUGCAGCGCUUGGACGGACUGGAGCGCAAGCUUCAGCUGGCCGAGCAGCAGGUGCAGCAAGCCGAUGCCCUGGGCAAGGAGGCCGAACUGCGCAGCAAACAGCAGCCGGUGCAGCUGAAGCAGCUGCUUAAACUGGUCGCCGAAUACACGACCCUCUGGCAGACGGUGCAGAAGAAUCUGGUGUUGCUCAAGACCAGCUGGCUCGCCCGUGCCACCAAGGAGGGCGCGGCGGCAAUCAGUGAGGCGCACGCCAGCGUCCAGGUGGACACGUUGUCGCAGCGCAAGCUGCGCCAGGCGCAACUGCAGCGGGAAACGUCCAUAACGGCCAAGGAUGCGUACAUCAUGGAGCUGCAGACGGCCAUUGUCGAGUGCCAGAACAAUCUGGACGAGCUGCAGCGCACCAUUGUGGACAAGACGCGCAAGCCGGGCCCGCAGAAGAUUGCCAAGCUCUUGGGCAACGCCCAGUCAUCCACGGAGCUCGUCAAGCAUCUCAGCCAUUUGCUGUUGACCGAAUGCCAUGCGGACAAUCAAUCAGCCCAGGUGGACACCGUGUCAGAGCUGGCGCUGCGCUUCGAUACGCUGCAGUCGCAGUGGAAGGCGCGCCAACAGCACGAUCAGAAUGCAAGGUGCCUGCUACCUGCUGCCUACAAAUACACAUGCAUACAUGAGGUCGGCCGUUUAACGUGUCCGCUCUGCACGCAACGCAAUUGGCAGCAGAUCGACAACGAUCUGUGGCGUCUGGAGCAGUGGCUGCAGUUCGCCGAGAGCAUACAGAAGGCCCAGACGGGGCCGCCCUCGAAUAUUGAACUGCUCGAGGAUGUGACACAGGAUCAUCGCGAGUUCUUGCUGGAUCUGGAGAGUCACAAGUCGAUCAUCUCGUCGCUGAAUGUGGUCGGAGAUCAUCUGGCCACGCACACCAUGGACACGGAGAAGGCGCGACAGUUGCGCGCACGCCUCGAGGCGGACAACGAGCGCUGGAAUAACGUGUGCAUCAAUGCCACCAAAUGGCAGGGUCUGCUCCAGACGGCGCUCAUGGGCAACAGCGAGUUCCAUCAGACCAUCGAUGAGCUGGUCGACUGGCUGCAGCGCACCGAACAAAACAUCAAGGCCUCCGAGCCCGUCGAUCUCACCGAGGAGCGCAGCGUCCUCGAGGCCAAGUUCAACAAGUUCAAGGAUCUGCGCGCCGAACUGGAGCGCUGUGAGCCGCGCGUUGUCAGCCUCCAGGAUGCCGCCGAUCAGCUGCUACGCUCUGUCGAGGGAUCCGAGGAGCAGUCACAGCACACCUAUGAAAGAACCCUUUCCAGGUUGACCGAUCUGCGUCUCCGGCUGCAAUCGCUGCGUCGCCUCUCCGGCAUUUACAUCGUCAAGCUGGGCGCCGUGCUCGGCUACGAGGGCGACAAUCUGGGCGUGCCGCUGCAAAUGUUGUCGAAUGAGCUUUUGGAUAAUACUACAUUAUCAACCUCUUCUAUGCAGGCCGCCGCACCCAACACAGAAAAUGCAAACCGCACCAACACCGAUGGCGAUGCUGCCGAUGGCGAUGUCAUCAAUACCACGGUACUGGCCCGCGGUGCACGAUUCCUCGGGCGCGUUGCACGUGCCUCCCUGCCCAUACAGGCGCUCAUGCUGCUGCUUUUAGGUGUGGCAACACUGGUGCCCCACGGUGAGGACUACACGUGCAUGUUCUCCAACACAUUCGCCCGCAGCCUGGAGCCAAUGCUCUCCUAUCCGCACGGCCCGCCGCCAACGUAAUUGUCAUUGGAUUAGUGCAAUAAAUUCACAGUAAAAACCAAAUAAAACAAAACAAAUAACCAAAUGUAACCACAGAACAGAAUCCAAUACGAAUAUGCCUUUCAAAUUAAAAACAAAACAUAUGCAAAGAAAUAAGCUAAUGAAUGAAAGUAACCCCCGCGCAGUAUACAAAAAUGCAAAAUUCUUGUUCAAGAUUUAAGAUAUAACCAACCUAGCGUCGAGUCGAGUGUGUUAUGUCCUGUAAAUUUUUGUAAUUUUCCACAAUUUGAAUGAAAAAGAAAGCAAACCGUGUAUUUUAUUUUUGGUAGCUACAGACAAACAUACCGAAAUAAAUAUGUACAUAAUAUGUUAUGAAUAACCAAACCCAACAACUCGACGAGCAUAUACUAUAAAGAAACACUUGAUAAAAACAAAAAAACUGAAAAAUCAAAAUGAAAAUGAAAAUGAAAAUGAAAACUAACGACAUGUAACGAAACACUUUUACAACAAAACAUAAAAGUAACUUAUAUUAACGAUAUAUACAUUAUACAUAUAUAUUUGCACAGCAAACAUUUAUAUAUAUAUAUAUAUAUAUAAACUAUAUAUAACCUAUGCCCCAAAUUAUAAAGCCCAACAUUAUGUAUAUAAAAACUAAGUUGAGACAGAAAAAAAAACGAAAGCAAAAAAGGAAAAAAAAAUACGCACACACGAAAAUAUUAGCUCAGAGUAGCGCACGUUUCUCCCGAGAGCAGCUGCAGCUUGAGGCCAGAUCUGGCAAAUCUCGUGGAACAUUUUUGCCCGGCCUGGCCACAAGCUGACGCUGCCUCUCAGGCUGGCUAGCGGACAAACCUCAAGACAAACCAUGACCCACAUAGACCAACUGCCCAGAGUGCUGGCCAAAAGUCUUCGUACGCCGAGCACGGCUGCACGUUCAUCUCCCAAAUUCAGGACGUGGCAGCCUGUCCGGCGUGUUGGCUUUUGGACGACGCCCUGGGCGCUAGACAGCCGACGCCGCCAGAGGGUUAGCUGCCCCAAGCCAAGCUCUCUCCCACGGCUUGGGAGCGGCUGCAUAUUGCGCACCGGCCACAGGUGUCAACCCUCGCCCAAAGAUCCGGCGGCACAGGCUGUCUCACCUCAAAGCAUUCCUGAACUCAUUUCCAAAAUUCGUACCAUAGACAAAACUCGAAACUCUAGCCGACUAGAGCCAAUGCCCUAACCUGGUUGGGGGCAACGUGCGCGAAAGGAGCCUUGAAUAUAUAAACGAAGCAAGUGUCCUAUGCCGGUGCUAAACCAAACUAUAAACAAUUUUUCACAAUACAAAAAUUGUAAUGUUGCGUAUAAAUAAAAUGCAUAAAAAAAACCUUGAAAAAACAAAAAAAAAACAAAUUGCAAAA